AUGACUGGCGCACCGGUGUCAUCGGGUGGCGGAAAGCUGGUUCCACUGGCUCCAGACGGCGGUUGGGGAUGGGUCGUCGUCAUCGGCUCGUUCUUCAUUCACGUCUUCGCCGACGGAUUCGUCUACUCGUUCGGAGUGCUCGUCGAUACUCUCCAGGAGGUGAGUAUAGGCGGAUGCGCCCAGACUAAAGGCUUUCUUCGUUGUCAACAACACUGCUGUCACAUGUGUAGGCUCUUUGGCUGGUGAACAGACGAAGCGUGCUCGAUGAGCCGAGUUUCACGUGAAUCUGAUCCGAGUGAACCGGAGCUUUUGAAUCAUUGGUUUAUUUCAGGAGUUUGAUGCAAACAACACGAUGGCCGCUCUCAUCAUCUCGAUGCUCACUGGACUCACUCUCGGAUCGGGACCACUUGCCUCUGCGGUUUGCAACAAGUACGGUUGCCGUAUCACUACAAUCAUCGGAGCUUGCAUUGCCUUUGUCGGGUACGCUUGGAAUCCCAUAAUCGAUCAAGACCCUGACUCUUUCAGAUGUGUCUGCUCGUACUUCGCAACUGCUAUGUGGCACAUUGUGAUCAGCGUCGGUGUCGUCAUGGGCGUCGGGUUCGGAUUGAUGUAUUGCCCGGCCAUUGUCAUCGUCACCAUGUACUUUGAGAAGUGAGUUAGCACUCGACAGAAGAACAAAUUCCAUCAUUACACACUCACAAGAAGCAUUAACACACGUUUUCUUUCAGCAAACGCUCCCUGGCCACUGGAAUCGCCGUCGCUGGUGCUGGAGUAGGAACCGUCUUGUUUGCCCCGAUCAACGCCUUCUUAAUCAACAACUACGGAUGGCGCAGUGUUUUCCUGGCAUUCAUGUUUAUUCUGGUGCUCUGUGCUCUCUGUGGAGUUACUUUUGCCCCGCUGCAGUUCGCUCUCGUCCGUGACGAUGAGGAGGAGAACAACGAAGUGUUUGAGGAGGACGGAAAGAAGAAGUCUGUCGCCAACGAGGAGCAUCACGAGAAGGCUUCUCUCCUCAGUCCACCGGCAGUCCUCGAGAGAUCCCUUUCCCAGAGCUCGGGAGUUCAGCGCAGUGGCGAAAAGAUCCGUCCGGCCAGCUCAAUGGGAGCCGUCGAUGUGGAGUCUCAGCCGAGAUCCCGCCGCGGAACCGUCGGAGAGCGUGACAGCGGAUACCUCAACCGCAAGGACGUCUUCUACACUGGAUCAAUCUCCAACGUCGCCGAGUUCCGUGAGGAUCCGGACAAGUACCGCUCGACCGGAUCUCUGCACGGACGUCACCCGACCGUCGGAAGCAUUCCAGCUCACUCGACCGGCAAACUGGAUGAUGUGCGCGAGGGAAGCGAGGAGGACAGUAAGGCUUUGGACGUCAGCGAGAAGACCAACGGAACCGACAACACCGACAACGUGGAGGGCAAGAACAUGUUCAAGUAAGUUUACUCGACUUCAUUCAGAAUAAAUUGCUUUUUGUUUACAGGACCAUCAGCAACAUGCUCUCUUUGCCGCUUCUCGCCGACCCCACCUUCCUCAUGUUCGCCAUCUCCAACCUGCUCACAUCUGUCGGAUUCAACUCGCCGCUCUACUUCCUCCCGCUCCACGCCAAACAGCUCAAACUCACCCCUCUUCAAGGAUCCGAAAUUCUUUCGUUUUUCGGCAUCAGCAACACUAUUGGCCGUAUUAUGUUCGGAGUCGUCGCCGACCACAAGCUGCCCCUGCCGUUCGGACUUGGAAAUGACACCGCCCGUAACCGUCUGUGGAUGUACAACAUCUCGCUGACCGUGAGCAAUACUUACCUAUACGUUUUCGGUAACCGACUCGUUUUCAGAUUUGCGGAGUGCUCACCACUUUCUGCUACAAGUUCGAAGGAUACAUCCCAUUGACGGUCUACGCCGCUUCUUUCGGAUUCACUAUCGCUUCGUACAUCUGCCUGACCUCCGUCAUCCUCGUCGACCUUCUGGGACUUGACAAACUCACCAACGCCUUCGGACUUCUCCUCCUCUGGCAGGGAGUCGGAACCGUGUUCGGACCACCAGUGUCUGGAUACCUCGCCGAUCUCACCGGCAACUACACCCUCUCGUUCGUUUUCUGUGGUAUCAAUCUCUUGGUGAGCUUACAAGUCUCUCGACCGUUUCUUGAGCAAUCAAUAUUUGUUCCAGAUCUCCGGACUCAUGCUCUUCGGCAUCCCGAUCUUCCAGAAGAGGGCCCAGCAGAAUUCCACCAAGCACUAG